UAUCACAUUUCAUCACUGUCUACUACCGAUUACCAUACUAUACCACGGUGAUAAAAAGUUGAAAUCUAGCUUAUGCUCCUAUUUUAAACCGAAAUGGUUAAUUUCAUGUGCUUCUCCAAACUGACCAUAUGAUUCAUGCUUGUGGAUUCUGCCGCACAAUUUCCAUAAUAACCACCUUUAGAUGAAACUCUUAUUGAUCGAUCGUUCUACCUUACUUUAACGGUACUACCAACCAUCAAACUCAUUCCUUUCAUUCCCCAUCAGAACAAAAAAAAAAAAAAAAAAAGGUUGCCUUCUAUUAUGAUUUGUGUCUCAUUUCGUUUGUCCCUCCCAAUUUGUCAUCUUCUUCGAUCCACAAAUUCGUAGACAGCUCAUUCCAGCAAAUCCAAAACCCUCCUCCAGCUCGGCAACACCACCCAUUCCCAAUCCUCCACACACACCAUUUAUAAUCCCACUCUCCACCAUUGCCAACAAACACACAAACUAACUCACUCACUCAAACAAAUUAAACCAACCAUGGCUUCCACCUCCAAUACCAUCCUCCUCGCCUCCCUUCUCCUCCUCCUCCUCCAAACCAACGCCCAAACCACCCCAUCCGCUCCCGCCCCGGCCGGACCGUCCGGCCCGGUCAACCUGACCGCAAUCCUCGAGAAGAACGGCCAAUUCACCACCUUCCUCCGCCUCCUCAACACCACACAGGUCGGUAACCAGAUCCCCAUCCAGCUCAACAGCUCCAGCGAAGGGAUGACCGUCUUCGCCCCAACCGACAACGCCUUCCAGAACCUCAAGUCCGGUGCCCUCAACGACCUCUCCGUCCAGCAGCAGGUCCAGCUCGUGCUCUACCACGUGGCGCCCAAGUUCUACUCCCUCAGCAACCUCCUCCUCGUGCCCAACCCGGUCCGGACCCAGGCCACGGGCCAGGACGGCGGGGCCUACGGGCUCAACUUCACGGGCCAGGGGAACCAGGUCAACGUCUCCACGGGAGUCGUCGAGACGCCCAUCAACAACCCGCUCGCCCAGACUUUCCCGCUGGCGGUUUACCAGGUGGACAAGGUUCUGCUGCCGGAGGAGUUGUUUGGGACCCCGGCGCCAGGGGCGGCUCCCGGCGCACGGCCGCGAGGGGUGUCCGGUGGGGACACCGAUUCCACGGUGGAUUCGCAGCCGGCUGGGCCGACGGCGGCGCCGAAUGGGGCUGGCGGGAGGAAUUUGGGCCGGGGGUUUGGGCUGGCGGUUGGGCUGGGAAUGCUCUGCUUCUUGGGAGCUCUGUUUUGAGACGGCGACAUUCGGUUAAAUUGAAUUCCGCGUUUUCUUUUGAUUUCAUUUGUUGGAGGGAUAAAAACGAAGAUGUGAAAUCGGAGUUUGAACUGUUUUUUUCUUGUAAUUGAACGAUUCUUUUCUCUUCUUUGUUUCGAAUAAUGGUGCGAUUCUGUAAAUUGGUUCUGUAUUUGACUUUCUCCGAGAUUUUCUUUUAUUGUUAUGGGUUGUACAUGGAAAUCAAUUGUUUCACAUGGGUGAAUUCUUCCCCGUGCUUUGACGUGUAAUUAAAUCAAUGCAGAACAAUUUUUUUAUAUAUAAAUCAUGUUAUUCGAU